AUGGGCCAAGCCGAUGUCGCGAACAUUAAUGUCACUAAAAUUUUACCACAGGUUGCGCCAAUUGUUGCUAUCAUGGCUAAAUCCCUAACAGUUCCAGAUGUAAACACCAGUAUGAUUAUCGAAGAUAUGAAGCAAUUAGGCCAAUCAACCGCUUUAAAACCAUUGCUACAAUUAAUUACUAAUUCCAACUCCCCAGAAACUACAAUAAGCGCUUUAACUACAUUGGCCCCAUUGGUAGUAUCUAAUGAAAAUAGUGAGUCAAUGACUGAUAUAUUUGGUUUAAUCGACAACUCUAUUAAUGCUACUCAAGUUUUUGACAUGUUAGCAGAAGAAAUUGCCACCUCCUCCGCCACCUCUAACGCUACAGAAUUAGAAAUGAGUAUGGUUUUAAGCGUCUUAGCUCAAAGCAAUAACUUAACAACUACUCUAACUUCUAUUUCAGAGUUGAUGGGUUUGGCCAAUGAUACUACAGGUUUAGAAGAGAUCAGCUAUGUAGUUAAUAUUCUAACCAAUUCUAAGAAUUUAACUGAUACAGAAUUAGAUCUACAAACUUUGUCCUCAGCUACUGUUUCCUCUGGAGUAUUAGAACAAUUAAAUGAGACUAUCUCUACUUCCACAGAUAUUAUUGCUUCUUUGACUGAGUUGGAAGCUCUUUUGCCAUCUUCAGAGAAAAAAAUGAUUCAAGCAUUGGUUGACUUAUUGGAAAAUUCUAAUAAUUCCACUGCAACUAUAACCGAUAUUAUGACCAUGAUGAGCAUUUCUUCCUCUAGUAGCGCUAGUUCCAGUGAUGUCUCUGGUAUUACACCAUUAUUCACAUUCUUGAACUCAUUUUCCAACACAACUUUUAUCCUAGCGAAACUACCUGAAUUAUUGACUUUUGCUACCACCAAUAGUACGACCGCAACUCAAGAUAUGAUGAUGCUACAACAAUUUUUAUUGAAUUCUAAAAAUAAUACAUUAUCAAUUGAUUAUCUAAACAGUAUAUUAAGUGAAACUGAAUCAGAAUCAAGUUCUGCCUUGACCACGGUUAGUAGUGGUGCUGAAAGUUUACUUGAGUUGUUACAAGCUUCUGAAAAUGCCACAUUAACUUUAGAAAAUUUGGAAACCGUUAGUAAAAUUUCUAUGGAGAAUUCCUCUGCUUUGCUACCGAUGUUGCAAAUUAUGCAAGCUAGUGCUAAAGCAUCCCCCAAUAUUACUGAUGAUUAUAUAUAUGAAAAUGUUUUACCAAGCCUCUUCGAUAGUAUGGGCUUCGCCACAAAAUUCAAUUUGGGUAUUUUCACUUUAUGUCGUACUAAUACUGCCGGAAAAAUCUACUCCUGUACUAAAUCACAUGCUGUCCAAAGUUUCCAUAUGAAACAAAUUUUAUUUAAUGAAUUGGAAGUUUCUGCAUUUAAACCAUAUGUUAGUGCAUUGAACUUAACAGCUGAAGAUAUUCAAAUCAAUGGUAUUUUAGAAGAAAAGGAAAAGGAAUAUGUCCCAGCUGUUAAAGCACUUUUGGCCUUCAAUUUGAUAACUAUAAUUGCCUCAUUUUUCAUGCUUAUUUCCAUAUUAAGUCUAGGUUUUGUUUGGAAAUCAACUACCAAUUAUUUUACCAUUAGCACCAACUUUUUGUUGGCCGGAUGCAUCUUUGGUGCAAACUUAAUCUCUGCUGCCGUUGUUGCAGGAAUUUGUCAAAUUAUCAAACAUGGUCUUAAACAUGAUAAGUAUAAUGUCACUUUUGAAUACAAUAGUGAAUACUGGGGAUUGAUUUGGGCCUCUUUUUGUAUAUCUGUUUUCAACAACCUGAUUUUCAUUUAUAUUACUUUUAAAGAUUAUAAAUCCCUAAAACAUAGCAAUAGUACAGUUGUAAAACAGAAAACAGAAAAUGAAAGCGUAAGUCAAAGCGAUUCCUCUGUGAUUGCUUCCAGUAAUGAUGACAUUGAAAAAAAUCAAGAAAAGACAGUCGAGCAAGAAAAAGAUAGUUAUAAUCACAAAUGA